AUGCCAAAGCCAAACACGGACCACAGCGGCGUAAUCCGACGGAGCACCCGCCUGUGCAACGGCUACAGCGACCUGUGCGAGCGCAAAUUUGACAAAGUAUCCUACCCAACCACCCACAACUCGUUCGCGCAGGGCGACAACAUCGCAGCGAACCAGAACAAGGACAUAAAGACACAGCUGGAUAACGGAAUUCGCGGCUUCAUGCUUGACCUGCACAGUCCCAGCAAAGCCCUGCUGAGACGCGAAAAGCGCGCAGAUAUCGUGCCUACCCUGUGCCACGCCUCCUGCACUGUGCUUAAUGCUGGCCCGCUGGUAGACGAGCUGAAAAACUUUAAAAAGUUCCUGGACAGUAAUGCCAACGAGGUUGUGACGGUUUUCCUCGAGAAUGCGGACAACUUCUCGCCGCUGGAUAUGGCGCAGCCGUUUAUUGACUCCGGGCUGGACAAGUAUGCAUUUGAGCCGUCGACCAGCAACGGUACCUUUGUGUGGCCGACGCUUAACGAGAUGAUUUCCAUGAACAAGAGGCUCGUAGUGCUGGGUAGCACCUCAACGGACUCGACGUCCAAGCCGUGGCUGCUCUACGACCGCGACUUUGCCGUCCAGACAUCAUACUCGGUCAAGGCCGGGUCGCCGUUUGACUGCAACCCACUCACCGCUAUCCAACCGCUCCUGGUCAUGAACCACUUUGUCUCCGUCGACCGCUCCAUUUUCGGGUUGAAUGUGGAGAUCCCUGACUACAACAGUGCCCUUUCGAUUAAUACCAGGGAGAGCAUCGUUCAGCAGGCUAAUGUGUGCGGGGCUGCUGGCCGGUUCCCCACUUUUGUCGCCGUCGACUUUUACGAUGCCGGCGGCGUGUUCAAGGCGGUGGCUGAUCUGAAUAAGGUCAAGUAUGUGGAAUCCACGGCCACAACCUUUGGCCAGACCUCUUCGUCCAGUACAUCUGGUGCCGCUGCUGUUGCAUCGGGUAUGCUCGUUUCGCGGACAGGUUUGGCCGGCAUUUUCUCGGUCGUGGUUGCGUCGCUGUUAUCCAUGGCGCUGUAG